AUGUGGGCUGUUGGAUGCAUUCUUGCCGAAUUAUAUGGUCGCAGACCGCUUUUUAUGGGUAAAGACCAGUUAGAACAAAUCAGUGAAAUAGUAAAGAUUUUGGGUUUUCCUGCCACCAGUAUCAUCAGAAAAUAUGACUGGAAUAUUGCUACGGCUGCUAAAGAUCUGUACUUGCCCUCGAGUUUAAAGCACAUCUAUCCAUAUGCGUCCAUGUCAGCCAUUAACUUAAUGCAAAACUUGAUGUGUUGGGACCCUCAAGAUAGGCUAGAUAUUCACCAAUCUUUGUCCCACACAUUCUUAAUAAAAGUUAGGGACCCAAAGGAUGAACCGGAAUGUAGUACUCCCUUCGAUUUCAAGUUUGAAUAUAUGGCUACUUCGAUCUCAGACCUAAAGUCUCUCCUACAAGAAGAAGUGGAUUCAUUCAGAAUAGAACGUCUAGGCCCUUAA